GGGGCGGGACAAAGGCAGACGGAAGUGUUCUGUGUUGUUGCCGGAAGUGGCGAGGGAAAGUUUGUGAUGGCGGCUGCAAUUUUAGCCGAAAAGGUGCCGGUGGACAACGCGGAGGAGGGGGAGCAGCCCCUGGCGACGGCAGCGGAGCUGGCCGCGCAGAAGCGCGAACAGAGGCUUCGCAAAUUCCGGGAGCUGCACCUGAAGCGGAAUGAGGCUCGCAAAUUGAAUCACCAAGAAGUUGUUGAAGAAGAUAAAAGACUCAAGUUACCUGCUAACUGGGAAGCCAGAAAGGCCCGUCUGGAAUGGGAACUGCAGGAAGAAGAAAAGAAGAAGGAAUGUGCCGCCAGAGGGGAAGACUAUGAGAAAGUGAAGCUGCUGGAGAUCAGUGCGGAAGAUGCAGAAAGAUGGGAGAGGAAGAAGAAGAGGAAAAACCCUGACCUGGGAUUCUCAGAUUAUGCUGCUGCCCAGUUACGUCAAUAUCAUCGGCUGACCAAACAGAUCAAACCUGACAUGGAAUCGUAUGAGAGACUGAGAGAAAAACAUGGAGAAGAGUUUUUCCCAACAUCCAACAGUCUUCUUCACGGAACACACGUGCCUUCCACAGAGGAGGUCGAUAGGAUGGUCACAGAUCUGGAAAAGCAAAUCGAAAAACGAGACAAAUACAGCCGGAGACGUCCUUAUAACGACGAUGCAGACAUCGACUACAUUAAUGAAAGGAAUGCUAAAUUCAACAAGAAAGCAGAAAGAUUCUAUGGGAAAUAUACGGCUGAAAUUAAACAGAAUUUGGAAAGAGGAACAGCGGUCUAAUCCCUUCAGGAACUGUUAGGAACUGUUUUUAAAAGCUUGACAAUGCUGGCAAAUUGAAGUUCUCUUCAAAGUUUUAUCAGGAAACCAGCAGUCAUUCUACGAUGCCUUCCUCAUCAGCAUUUGGAAAUAAAUGUUUUUCUUAAACAUAUACUUCCAUGUAUAUUCCCCUAUUUCUGUGCUUGGAUAGAAGAUGCAUUUUAAGAUGUAGUGUACUUGGUCUGUAAAAAUCUACUUUGUAUAAAUACUAAUUAUUUUUCUAUGUAUUUUAAACGUAUAUGACUAAUCUUUGAAACGUUUGGGCUUCAGAUGAUCGGCAGCAUACGUAAAUGCAGUCAUUGUUGCUUUGAAUAUUGUUAUGAAUUUGACAAAAUCUAGAGCUGGACUCGGCAACCUUUUGAGCUCGUAGACUCCGAAGCUAAGUACAGUGAGGAGGAAGGAAGGUGGCCAUGGCUACUGGAGGGCUCUGUCUACCCACGGCUGCUUCGGACCAAGUUCAGGAAGCAGCAGAACUGUCUUCUGUGAAUAUUGACAUAUACAGUUCCUUUUAUAAAAAGCAAAUAUCCUAUGGAAUAGAAUCCCUACUAAACACUAAAACAUUUAAAACAAGUAAGUGUAUAUAUAUAUAUAUGUAUAUAUAUACACACACAUAUACAUACUCGUGUGUACAUAUAUAUAUAUAUAUAUGUAUAUGCUGAAGUCUGUGCUUUCACUGUAUAAACAUUAAAAAAUUUUUCCUUUAUGGGGAAUUCAUGACAGUCAAUAGAAGACAGAAUAAUACAAUGAAUCCCGUAUACCCAGUGUCUCUCUUCAGGAAUCCUCAACUAGCCAGCUUGUCUCCUCUUCAUUUCUAUCUACUUUCUCCUCCAUGAGUCCCAUGUGACUUUGAAGCAAAUAUUAGAUGUAUAAUUUUGUCUGUAAAUAUUUUAGUACCUGAAAGAUAAAGACUGUUGUUAUCACAACAAUAGUUUUAAGAAAAGUCCAGAGAGACAGAUAGGUACGGCUUUUUCUAUGUGUUGAAUAAAAUGCUGAAUACCUAAUGAGGGGCAUUCUAAAUCUGAAAGAGAAAAUUUCAUAAAUAUAUCAGCAUUUGUUUUUAAAGACAAUUUAAUACCACUGGUGAUUAUUCCCUUCUAAAAUGUAUGUAGCCGUUGGGAUCCCUGGGUGGCUCAGUUGGUUAAGCGUUCAACUCUUUUGAUUUUGGCUCAGGUCAUGAUCUCAUGGUCAUGGGAUCAAGUCCUGCAUCAGGCCCUGUGCUAAGCCUGCCUAAGAUUCUCUGCCCUCCCCUGUGCGUGUGGGGCGCACGUAUGCUCUCUUAAAAAAAAAAAAAAUCAUGUAGCACAUUCUAUUUUUGUACUCGUUUCUGCUUCUAGCAUUUGUGCAGUUAAUCAGGUCUGAUCACAGGGCCUUGAUACUGCCUCUGAGAAUAUAUUGAACAUGUUUCUACUUCCAUUUAAACUAUCUUGUUUAAGUUUUUGGUCCUGAAUAUUACAAUAGCCAAAAAAAAAAAAAAAAGUCAAAACAUUGUCAAAUGUACUUAAAAGCAUAGUUCACUAUAAGCCAGCAAAGUUUAUUCUAAGAAUUCAAGAAUAGCUUUGUAGACCUAUUAGUUGCCUUUCCAAUAUCAAUUACCUGUUCUUUGUUA